GCACUGAUGACUCAACUUAUUCACACACGUCUCUGGUCAACCUGCGGCCUGCGCGACAACCAACAACCCUGUGAAAACGGCGUAUUUUAUGUUUGUGUGAUUUACAUGAAUGUUCGGGGAUUCCCGGCUAUAUUGCAGACUUUAAAGAUGAAAAAGGUCGUAGCUUUUGGAAACCCCUUAUUGGACACUACUAUAUCAGUUUAUGAUACAGUUUUGUUAGACAAAUAUAACCUCAAAUUGGACGGUCAAAAAGAAAUCGCAGAAAAUGAAAUGAAAAGACUAUCACAGGACGUCUCCGGAUACCAGCAACACAUUAGUGCGGGAGGCUGCGCGCAAAAUUCGCUACGCGUCUUACAAUGGUUGAUGGCAAAGAAAUGUCGAGCAGUAAUUUUUGGAUCUGUGGGAAAGGACAAGGAGGCUGCCAUUCUGACACAGCUGUUAGAAGAUGAUGGAGUACAAACCAGAUAUUUUGAACAAGAUGAUCUUCCUACUGGGAAAACCAUAGCAUUAGUAUCAAGCGAAUACAGAUCUCUUGUAGCCCAUAUUGGAGCAGCCGAAAAACUGCCUUUGAAUCAAUUUUUACUUGAAAAAGAUGUUCCCAACUUAGUAUUAAGCUCAGAUUUUGUAUAUAUAGAAGGAUUUUUUCUAACAAACCGAGUUGAAACUGCUAAAUAUAUACUAGAUUUUUGCAAUAAACACAACAAAGUAGCAAUAUUUAACAUUUCUGGGGAAUAUGUUUGUGAUCUUUACCCAACAGUGGUAAAACACUUUGUAGAAAAUUCAGAUAUUGUCUUUGGGAACAAAAGAGAAUUUGAGGCUUUAGCAAAAAUAAUGAACAUGAAAAAUGUAAAUGAAUUGACAAAUCAUUUGAUUAAAGGAGCAAAAAAUAAAAUGGACACGUAUGGAAAUAUAAUUAUUAUAACUGAUGGAUCAAAUCCUGGUACCUGCAUUUCUAAAUGCGGAAAAAUUGAGAAUUUCGUUGUGCCAAAAAUAGAUCCAAAGGAUAUCAAGGAUACUACAGGUGCAGGGGAUGCGUUUACAGGUGGAUUCAUAGCAGGGUUAUGUAGAAAUAAACCAUUAGCAGACUGUGCUAAAAUAGGAUGUUAUUCAGCCUUUCACAUCAUCCAACAAACGGGCUGUACACUGCCAAAUUUUCAACCAAAUAUUUUAGAUUGCAACAAUUAGUAGGCUAAAUAAAGGAUAUAUAAUAUAUAAUUUUUGUAGAAUGCAAAUAAUGAAUCAUAGUAGGUACCUAUUAUUUUAGGUUUUGUUAACAGUUUCUAUAAAUAUACGUUUUUUCAUUAAAUUAAAUACAUAAUAAACAUGUAAUAA